UUAAAAGGACAGCAGGAUUUACUCGAAGAUAUUAUUGAUCUUAUGUCUGAUUGCUCGGAGUGGCCUUAUCAGCAGCACUCUUUGUCUGGAAGAUACCUGUCUACUGUUGGAGCCUAUGUUGGGUCCUUAAGCCAAAUGUCCAUCAAUAAGGUCCUUGUUCGGUUUCUUCGCUCUUCCCCUUACCUGUUUGAUAACUUAAAUGGAGAGAACCUUCUUCUUUUUCUGAAUUCAACCUCCCCACGCCAUCCCUAUUCUUGUGAUUGCUAGGCCUCAGUUGGCAUCUUUUUUUUGUAGUCUAUUAGCAGAGAUUCAUGUGGCUUCCUCUUAAAAAGUCUUAGUUUGUUGAAAUCUGAUCUGAUUUUGAUGGGUAAGUGAUGGAAUUUUGGAAGAAGGGUGGUCUCCAUUAUCAGCAACUAAGAGAUUAUUGAUUUUUCAGUCUUUUUAUAAAUUUCUGUUUUAACAUCAAUUGCAAAUGUUUUUGGUUGGAUUAAAGCAGAUAUAGAGCUUAGUGCUUUACAGGAUUCUUUUUUUAGGGAGAAAAAAAAAGUAUUUCUUGUAGUUGUGUGUGAUGACAAAUAAUAAUGGAGACUACAUGAAAAUCUCAUUUUCAAGUAUCGUGAGUUCUGGAUUUUGUAGUGCUUGGCGAAGAGGCCAAGGUGUACGCGUAUGGCCACCCGCACUUUUUCUUUUAAAUGCAAAGCCACCCCACCUUUUCGUUCAAAUAUGUUUUUGCUAAUAAAAGUACUACCUCAUUCAAAGACUCUUUUGUUUCCUGGCCUUGUCCUUUUAAAAUUGAUAUAUCAAUGAUAUAGUAACCACCUUGAUUAGUUGGUCUGCAUUUAUAAUAACUUGUUAUAUGGUUUUUGUGAUUAGUCAUAUUUUAAUGUUUUCUGGCUGUAAUAAUGGUAGUUGAAAAUCCAUCUGGCAAUGCCCACUGAUGCUGCUCAUAUCAUACGAAAAAGUGAUGUAGAGUAUUAUUUGGAACGGGUCAAGGAUGCAUUUAGGUACAACAUAGAAAAAUAUGGUGAGUUCAUGGACACCUUGGACAGCUUCGGUCGAACGAGGUUUGAUUCAGAUUUUACGUUGUUGCUAUUAUUAGAUGUCUUGAAAUUUUUGUAUACUAUCAAAUAACAUUUUUUAUUGCAGAAUUGGCUUCAGAGUGCUUACCUCAAAGUUGCGGGGAUUGUUCAGAGGAGAUCCUGAUCUAUUGUUAGGCUUAAACAUUUUAUUGCUUGAACGUUUCCUGUUCUUCCCUACUUAUGACGAGAGGCGAAGUAUGCAGGAAAAACCGAUUGUACAUGAGGAUGCUCUACAUUUCCUAAAUAAAGUGAAGGUAAUAUUCCAUACAACAGAACCUAUUGAUUAUGCUGCUAUGAAACAAAAAUAUGAUGAUGCGGGGGACUACCUGGGACAUGUAGAGGAUGCAUUUCAAGACUGCAGGGAAAAAUAUGAUGAUUUAUUGACUAUCUUAAGUUGUUACUGCUUGCAGAGAAUUGAUUUGAGCAUGUGUACAUCAAGAGUGAGGGAGGUGUUCAGACGACAUCCUGAUCUACUGUUAGGCUUCAAUGCCUUCUUGCCUAAACAUUGUGAAGUUGUUCUCCCUCUUGUUGACAACAGGCUUUCACAUAAAAUGCCUUUGGAGCCUGAAGAUGCUAGUCAUUUCAUAGAGAAAGCAAAGUCUUGUUUCAAAAAGGAUGAACAGAUCUACAACUCGCUCAUCAAUAUUAUAGGCAUCCAUUCGAAGCGGAAGGUUUUGUGGUCUAAUGAUUGUCUCCAGGGAGGUGAUUGAUCUUGGAAUGUCAUUGUUCUUCCACCCCUCACUACACCAUUCUUCGAUUGGCACUGCAACAUCUGAAUCAGUCCCCAUGAUUGAGCCCAUCAUCAUCAUCAUGCCCUAUCAUUAAUUCUGUCAUCAAGCCAAACCAAGCGAUGGUGAGUUAUUUCAUUGGGGGAAAAAAAAAGAAACCAAUGUCUGCAUUCGAAACUAUUGAAAGUAAUCAGGGUAGCGUUUAGGGAAAUGCUUGAAUGCCAUAUUCCCAUUGCAUUCAAGGAUAGCUUGCUCAGAGAUCAUUCUUUUUUUUUCAUUUUGUGUGUGUGUACAUAGCUAAUCAUCACCAGACUCCAACAACAUGUGAUUCAUUACUGAUAGAGCAUCUGUUGUAACACUAAGCAUAAUGCUUGUUCAUCCUCAGACUGGCCUUUUUGGGGAUUU